AUGUUGACGUCCGGCUUUACCAACGCAUCCGUCACGAAAUAUGCACUCAUCUUCGUCAUUGCAUCAUCAAUUGCGGUGAGCCUUGUUGACACCAAGUACCUCUUCUAUAUCCAAGUUACGCCACAUCUGUGGCAGUACCGACAAUGGUGGAGGAUAUUGAUCUGGCAGCUAUGCUACGUUAAUUCAACAGAAGUCAUUCAGGCGUGUAUGGUGCUAUAUAGCCUACGUGUUGUUGAACGGCUCUGGGGAUCGAGAAAGCUCGCUAGCUUUGUCCUUUCCACACUUCCGUACACUACCCUCCUCCCUCCGCUACUCCUUGCGCUCAUCCUCCGGCCCCUUUCCCUCAACACGCUGAACUACCUCCCCGCCGGCCCAACUGCCACCCUCUUCGCCCUCCUCGCUCAGUACCAUGCCGCAAUUCCUACUACAUACAAAUACAACAUCUCCACAGGUACCAGCAACUCGUCAAUUACCUUCCACCUUAGCGACAAGUCCACAAUCUACUUCCUCGCCUUCCAACUAUCCCUCUCGCAAUUCCCGUACACCAUACUCCCCGCAUUACUAGGAUGGAUCAUCGGAUACGCCUGGCGUGCUGAGCUCCUACCUGGUCGGUUUUCUUCUCCGGCAUGGCGCAUUCCUCACAAGGUGUAUGGUGGUCAGGAAACCUCAUUUGAUCGAAGACAAUAUGCCGCAGAGGCUCGAGGUUCAGAUGUAGAACGGUACGAAGGGCUACGGCGAAGACUGGAAGGGGAAUCCCGUGCCGCAGCCGAAGCUGCGAGGUCAGAGGGAAGCGGGAGUGGGGUGGAUGGUGGCGACACACAAAGAAGAGCGCCAUUGGCAGGCCAAAUACUGGAUCGUUUUCGAGGUGCAUUUUAA